GAGAUCGAGCGUGUGCACAACCCGUUCUGGCUUGGCACGCCGCACAAGAGCACCGAGGACUUUACCUACCAGGGCCAGUUCAUCCCCAAGGGCACUGUCGUCAUCAUCAACGCUUACACGAUGCACAUGGACCCGAAGCGCUACCCCGAGCCCGAGAAGUUCAACCCCGACCGCUACAUCAACGAUCACUACACCAACACCGAGUCUGCCAACCUCGCGGACCCGUACCAGCGCGACCACUGGAUGUUCGGUGCCGGUCGCCGUAUCUGCCCCGGCAUCCCGCUCGCCGAGCAGGAGAUCUUCCUUGCCAUCGCCGGUCUGCUCUGGGCCUUCAACAUGGAGCAGCUCCCCAACGAGCCCAUCGACCUGACCGAGUACGACGGUCUGUCGGGCCGCUCGCCCGUUCCUUUCCGCAUCAAGAUGACUCCCCGCGACGGCCGCGUCAAGGAGGUCCUUGCUCUCUAA